AUGACAGUCAAUCAGGCUGCAGUCAAUCAGGCUCCCUCACCCAGAACCACCUCACCCAGAAACCCCCACCCAGAACCACCUCACCCAGAUCCCCCCACCCAGAACCACCUCACCCAGAUCCCCCCACCCAGAACCACCUCACCCAGAUCCCUCACCCAGAACCACCUCACCCAAAGCCCCUCACCAAGAACCCCCACACCAAGAGCCCCUCACCCAGAGCCCCUCACCAAGAACCCCCUCACCCACCAAGAACCCCCUCAUCCAGAGCCCCUCAGAACCCCCACCAGAGAACCCUCCCCAGAGCCCCUCACCAAGAACCCCCACAUCCCCAGAGCCCCUCACCAAGAACCCCCUCAUCCAGAGCCCCUCACCAAGAACCCCAUCCAGAGCCCUCACCAAGAACCCCCUCAUCCAGAGCCCCUCACCAAGAACCACCUCACCCAAAGCCCCUCACCAAGAACCCCCACCAAGAGCCCCUCAUCCAGAGCCCCUCACCAAGAACCCCCUCAUCCAGAGCCCCUCACCAAGAACCUUGUGUGGCUGAUUGUUAUUUCAACAUCUAAGAAGCCUGUACCAGAACCAGAAGCCAGGUGUGUGGGUCGACACCUGCAGCAGUGUUCCCACACGCGACAGCCACUGGCCCAGACAAUGAUCCCCCCCCCCACACACACACACAUACGCCCCUCCCCAGAGGAUGACCCAGCAGGGCCUUAUCUUUCAGAGAUAGAGUCGGGGGAGUCGGCGAAGAAGCCCUAG